UCUCCUCGCUGAGGUCUCUCCCAAAUGUCACUUCUUCGUCUGUAAAAUGGGCGUGCGUUCAGUGUCCCUCCCAGAGUUGCUGUGAGGAGCUGAACCAAAAGGCGUGCGCGUGAAAAUGCGUGUGUGAUGGAGAGCGUUUUGACAUCUGCAAAGCUCCACUCGGAUGGCACUAGUGCAGCUGGACACGGGGGAAGCGGCAGUCGGGCGGAAGGCUCGCGGCCGCCCCCUUCGGUAUGGCCAGGCUGCAGAUGUGCUGGGAAGCACGGUGUGGAGCCCAGACAACAGGUGGCACCGGAGGGCAGGACAGGAGAGGUACGUCUGGCUCCCAGUACACUCGAGGACUUGGAGGGGAGCUAGGUCUUGAAGGACGUUUAGGAUUUGGGGACGUGGAAUGCGGGACUAGCAAAGCCCGGAGGUGGGCGUGAGAAUUAGAAGGGAGGACACCUGUCGGGCAGGUGGAGGUGAGCAAUCUCCUGAGCUCUCCUGCCCUGCCAGAGGACGGGGAGGGAGGUUGCUCCAACGUUCUUCCUCCGUCCACUAGAGGGGACCCCACCAGGUGAGCGCCCAGCUGGGUCCCCAGGUCUCUCUCCUACGCUUCAAGCAAGCUUAGCGCCGCAGCCAAUGGCCGGAGGAUGUCCCGCCCAUCCCCUCCGCACAACCACUCGCCUGCGCCAAGUCCCCGCCAGCUUCUGACUGACAGGAUGCCAGACAAAUCAGAUUGCGAUAUUUGAAAGCAAAACACUGCAGCACCCGGCAGCUCCGAGUUGGGAAGGAAUUAAGGAGGCUGUGCCUCCGGGUUGUACCAGGAGCCCAAGUCAUUUCUCAGAACCCUCGGCCAGGUGGACCUUCGAGCGAACGCCGCCGAGCACAGCAAGAAUUGGAAACGCACCCUCCUUGUCUGCUUGGGAGAGACAGAGAUUGGCUCUCCACUCCGGGAAGCCGAAGAGAAAGCUAUAGAUCAGCCAGAAGAGCCUCGAGUGCUUUUUGGCCGAGGAGGAGAUGGCUGCCGGGAGGAGGUGAGCAUCUUGGGGAAGAUGGCGUAGCCGCACUCCAGCUCCAGGCCGGGCCCUGAGGAUGAGCCACUAGAGCGCCAUGGACGGAGCCCAGAGCGCAGGACUGCAGCUGCAGCAGCUCCCGCCCACCAGCAGCGCCGCCUCCGGGGGCGAGGCUUCCUUCUCCUACAAGGAAAACCUGAUUGGCGCCCUCUUGGCAAUUUUUGGGCACCUCGUGGUCAGCAUCGCACUUAACCUCCAGAAGUACUGCCACAUCCGCCUGGCGGGCACCAAGGACCCGCGCGCCUACUUCAAGACCAAGACAUGGUGGCUGGGCCUCUUCCUCCUGCUGCUGGGCGAGCUGGGCGUGUUCGCCUCCUACGCCUUCGCCCCGCUCUCGCUGAUCGUGCCCCUCGGUGCCGUCUCCGUGAUAGCUAGCGCCAUCAUAGGAAUCAUAUUCAUCAAAGAAAAAUGGAAACCUAGAGACUUUCUGAGGCGCUAUGUCUUGUCCUUCGUGGGCUGCGGUUUGGCUAUCGUGGGCACCUACCUGCUGGUGACCUUCGCCCCCAACAGCCACGAGAAGAUGACGGGCGAGAACAUCACCAGGCACCUCGUGAGCUGGCCUUUCCUCCUGUACACGCUGGUGGAGAUCAUUCUCUUCUGCCUGCUGCUCUACUUCUACAAGGAGAAGAACGCCAACAGCAUCGUCGUGAUUCUCCUCUUGGUGGCUUUGCUCGGCUCCAUGACAGUGGUGACAGUCAAGGCCGUGGCUGGGAUGCUGGUCCUGUCCAUCCAGGGGAACCUGCAGCUCGACUACCCCAUCUUCUACGUGAUGUUCGUGUGCAUGGUGGCCACCGCCAUCUACCAGGCCGCGUUCCUAAGCCAAGCCUCCCAGAUCUACGACUCCUCCUUGAUUGCCAGUGUGGGCUACAUCCUGUCCACCACUGUGGCCAUCACUGCAGGUGCAGUGUUUUACCUGGACUUCGUCGGGGAGGAUGCGCUGCACAUCUGCAUGUUUGCACUCGGGUGCCUCAUUGCGUUCCUGGGAGUCUUCUUAAUCACACGGAACAGGAAGAGGGCCAUUCCAUUUGAGCCCUACAUUUCCAUGGAUGCCAUGCCAGGGAUGCAAAACAUGCAUGACAAGGGGAUGACGGUGCAGCCUGACCUCAAAGCUUCUUUUUCCUAUGGGGCCCUGGAAAACAACGACAGCAUUUCCGAGAUCUACACUCCUGCCACACUGCCAGUCAUGCAAGAGGAACACGGCUCCCGAAGUACCCCGGGGGUUCCCUACCGAGUGCUGGAGCACACCAAGAAGGAGUGAGCCUCCCGGACUGAAGCUCGCCCCCCUGGCCGCCCACACCGGGCUGACGUGGCUCCCUUCCUUCUACAACUUGCCUUUCAAGUCGUUUUUUGUUUGUUUUUUUGAUCGAGAACUCUAUAGAAGGGGGAUCUUGGAAAGCCUUUGUGACCUUGGUCUUGAACUUCCAAAUGGGGAGGCUGGGGAGGGGGAGAAGAGUAUUCCAGGUGGGCUGCGUGGAAUUCAGCCCAGCCUGGCUUAGCCUUCUGGCCUCCCGAGGGCACUGAGCCUCCCCAGGCAGUGACCAAAGGUUGCCGUGCUCUUGGGCACUGCAGGCAAAGAUUCUGCUCUUACUCCUAAAUCCAGUGAAGCCCUGGGGACCUCUGAACUCGUCCUCCGCCACUUGCAGGCUUAUCUCCCACCUUCUCACUCACAAUUCGUAUUUUUGACAUUAUCCACUGGCUCCAUUCAGGGGCAUAGCAGGCCUGCUGUGAGCGGAACACGCGGUCACUGGCGCCUUGGCAGUGUCCCUCGGCCUCUGGUCAUCAGUGCUGGAUCUGCUCUAGAAACUAAUGUGGUAUUGGUCCUGUGAGAACUGCAUGAUCGUGUUUCCCCCAAAGGAGUGGGGGAGUUAGAGAAGAAGGAGGAGAAUAGGAGGACUUGGAGCCAGGGGAUGUCUUUAUACAGGACAGACAGGAAAUCUGAGUUACUUUCCCUCCCAACACCCACUGGGAAGUCUGGAGGCGCUCAGCCCAGAGCCAGCCUGCAGCCACCCAGCCCAGAGCCAGCCUGUAGCCACCCCCUCCGUGCUCUCCUUCAGAGACCCACCACCCACCUGUGAGGUACUGGUCAUUUCCCUCGGAUCAGUGCAGGCUGCUGGCGUCCCCGGCCACAGCGCUGUGCAUGGGAGAAGCAGCUGUACUCACAGAUGGGCUGCUGCUCCCUCUGGCUGCAGACCUGAUCAUCUUAAAGGAAAGAAAGGUUUGCAAACUUUAAUGAACAUAAGGGUCCCUCAGGAGUUUAUUUAAAAUGCAGAUUCCUGCACCCCAGCCACGGAGACAUUUUAGGUGGGCCUGUGGGGUGGGGCCCAAGUAUCUGCAUUGGCAAAUGGCACCACAGCUAGUAACCGGAGAUCACAGCCCUCGAAAGCCUGCAGUGGAAAGAGGCAGCUGUUAGGACCCCAAGGGGCCCCUGCUAGAAGGUGAGAGUUGUGCUUCCAUUUCCUCUCUGGGCUGCUUGUGGCAGGUUGAGUGGCCCCAUAGGAUCUGUAGCUUUCCCCCACCCUGUGAGUACUACUUAGAUCAGCUGCUGCUUCCCAGGGCAGCCUUUAACUAAGGCAGGAUAACAGUGUUAACAGGCCAGUGUUGAUAGGUCACUUAUCUCUAUAGAUUGUGCUUAAUGCUGAUUUAGUUCCCUGACUUCACAAUUCCUGUUGUCCAUGAUAACCACUCUGUAUUGUGUCUUAACCACUUCUGUAUUGUCUUAAACGCCUACCAAGGCAACAAAGAGCUUUUUGUUCCCUUAGGAUGAGUAUCAAAAACCGUUCAACAAUAUUUAUGAGGUAUUUACUGCUGUUAAGCAUUUAGAGGGUGAAGCUACAGCAGGACAGGGUUCCCAUCCUCCAGCCAGCAGGGGGAGACACAGGGAUGCAGGAGACUCCUGCAGGGCUGUGAGAGGUGCACACUUUUUUUGCGGGGCUGGGGAUGAACCCCAGGCCUUGCACACAAUAGGCAAGUGCUCUACCCCUGAGCUACACUCCCAGCCCCAAGAGUAGACCACAGAAAGCAACAGGCUAGGCCCUGAGCCCAAAGGGUUUUCAAAAUUGGAGGUGAUUCUGGCCCCA